AUGGAGCAGUCAAGGUCAUCGCCCAAACCCGUAGCACGUCGGCGCAGACCACCGCUAUCGUGCACCGUGUGCAGACGGCGAAAGCUCAAAUGUGAUCGAGAAUUGCCAUGCGGCCAAUGCACCAAGUCCAAAACUCCAGACCAGUGCAUCUAUGUAGGACCUCAGGCUGGCUCGCUAUCAAGCGUCCGACGCGCUGAAAGUCGAGACACAACUGCCAAUGACCGUACGCGGGCGUCCACAGAUUGCGGCAGUCCCGUUUAUAACGGUGUCUAUGUUUUCGAUUCCAAACACCAACGAUUUCCGACAAGGGUGACAAAGCCCAAAAGUCACUCUGAUGAGGUGCAGGAGCUCCGUACCCAAGUACUGACAUUAGAAAAUGCACUGGCAAAGGCCAGCUCGAUUCAAACUCCAGACACCCUGGGGGCCGUACCCUCGAUCGUCUCAGAAUUGGGACCCCGUACAGCGGGAGACGAACACUAUAUCAGCGAAGACAUUCGGUCUCUCCCAUGUGCAUUCUUUCGGGGUAAAAAGUCUAACACUAGGUUCUGUGGUCGCUCGCAUUCUUUCUUGGCCCUUUCAUUCUACGAAGAGUACUGGAUUGCACCCCAACACCCCGAUAUGGUUUUCUUGGCGAAGCUUUUGCUUCUAAUGGCCGCUAGCAGUUGUUUUUACGGUCCAACAAAAAAGAUCAACGACAAAGAUACACUGGCAAGUACUGCAAUACAUUGGAUCGAGGCUGUUCAGACAUGGAGCGCAACGACAAUUGGGACUCGAAACACCAACUUUGACAUGUUGCAAAUCCAUUGUCUGUUGUUGAUUGCGCGCCAGGCGAUCGCUUCUGAUGGGGAUACCAUUUGGAUAUCAUCUGGCUCGUUGAUACGACUAGCCAUGGCCAUGGGCUUACACCGCAACCCGUUGCGCUUUCAGAAGCUGUCUAGAUUCUGGGCAGAAAUGCGCCGCCGUUUGUGGGCUACCAUACUGGAGUUAGACCUACAAUCGUCGAUGGAUGGAGGGAUGCCGCCAGCAAUUGACCUGGAGGAGUACGAUUGCGAUCCACCGUCCAACUAUGAUGACGCAGAUUUGGUCGAAAGCAUGACAGAAGAUCCCCCGCCUAAAGAUCCCGACAUCGUCACUCGGAGCAGCUUUCAGGUUCUACUUUCGCGUUCAUUGCCCGUGCGAGUACAUAUAGCAAAGCUUGUGAAUCGCCUGAGAUUCACAAUCUCCUAUGAUGAGGCUCUGCUCUUGAGCGAAGAACUCAUGCGGUCUCUGAAUGAUGCUUUGGAACUGUUCCCGAGCGACGGAUAUCCGUCGCAUAUACCCGGCGUUGAGAAUCCCGCAUUCACGAAGUCGUAUUUCAUUUUUCUAAUACGAAGGCAUUUGCUAGCCCUCCAUCGCCCUUUUUGCCUCAGUAUUAUGCGAACUCCUAAAUUCUCCUAUUCACGAAAAAUUUGCCUCGACUCAGCGCUGGAUAUACUCUCCUUGCUGGAGCCCUCUCUUGACGUUGCCGAAGCAGAGCCCCAGCCUCAUCUUGGACAUUUGACCGGCGGAAUGUUCCGUGAAGAGCUAUUAAAUGCGGCGGUUAUGGUGUGCGUGGAGCUAGUCCUGCAAGCUGACGAGUAUUCGCGGUCAAAAUCCAUGCUCCCAGGCCAAAGUAGCGUCUUAAGCUCUCUCAACGACAUGGCGGAAUCCCAGCAAGCGGUCUUGGUACGUGCAAUUGAAAACACCCUGAAUGUCUUCGGCAGUCGCAUUGCACCAGGCGGAAGGGGUUGUAAGCCUUACUUCUUCCUAAGUCUCACACUUGCAUCUGUCAAGGCGCGCUUGAAUGGGGAGGAUCCCUUCGUCGCUAUGGAUCAAGUUGUUACAAACGUCAUCAGAGACUACCAUUUACUGAUGAGCGGGAUGCCUUGGGCCGAUGUACGCAAGCAAGAUGAAAACAGCACAAAGGACGUGAGUGAUUGCAGGUUCAUAACACAGCGGCUAUUUACUGAUACACAACUAGACCAGUAUUCCUACACCUGGGCUCACUGCCGGUACGCCGUUAGAUCUGCCCUUUGA